UUCCAGUGUUUAAUUGAGCUCAACACAAAUUCAACAGUGUUUUCUUCUUAGUGUUCUGUAAUCCAUAUACUUCAUAAUCUGUCCACCUAAAAGUGGCAGCAAGUACAGUGAUCAAGGUUAGAUACAGUUUUACCAGUGAAUUUAAUAAUUUCAUACUUUCACUUCCUUCCACACAGCUGAGAAACUUAGUUGCAUUCUGCAGUAUGUUACAUGACACCAAAACAUGCUCUUUCCAAAGUAAAAAAAAAAAAAAAAAGAUGAAAGAAACCUGAUGUAACCUAAUAAGAAAGAGGAAAUUGAUUUUGCAGGAUUGAGAUCAAAGCAAUAACAUUGAGAAUAAACCACAAUUUUGUAAGUAUCCCAUAUGAACGGACACACACAAACACAAAUCACACUUCGUCUCCUAUUCUACUUGUUAAUCACUUAUCAACUUGUUAAUCUAACUCAUAUUGACCUUUGCUGAACAAGUGUUUGACUUUCGAUUCAUCACUAGACAUGUUUCUCAAGGCAAACCUGAACUUUUUGAGCAUUUCUUCAACUCUAACCGUCCCUUGCACCAAUUAUUAUGAAACCCUGUUCUGAAAAUCAAACCAUAUCUUUUGUAAUCGCAGCAAUUUCACCGCAGCAUGUUAGCAAAUUCACUGAAGCAAUAAAGACCACAAAAUAAGCAAGAUGUUUUCUUCUCCAAAAAUUAUAAGACCAAGAGUAGAAUGCAUAGAUCUGACCAGACACCAUGGUGGUCAACUUCGUACUCAUGCUGUUCUUUGUCCUAAAUGGAGCUGAUGGUACUCAUAUUGUUGGAGGCAGAGACGCUGCCCCCCACUCGCGCCCCUACAUGGCCUCGUUGCAAGUCCGAGGUGUACAUAACUGCGGGGGUGUACUGGUGAGAGAAGACUUUGUGCUGACAGCAGCACAUUGUAACACACCUAGACCACACAGAGUUGUGCUUGGAGCGGAUUCCCUGUCACGUAAUGAGACUACAAAGCAGGAGUUCACUGUUGCCAGAUCCAUUCCACAUCCCAACUAUGAUGGACAUACAAAUGAUAUCAUGCUCCUAAAGCUCAACCGUAGGGCCCAACUGACUGAGGCAGUGCAGCUGAUCUCUCUGAAAAGGGGCAGUGUAAAGAAAUCAAGUCAGUGCAUUACAAUUGGCUGGGGGGAUAUAGGGGAUAAUAAAACCCUAGCCAACACACUGCAGGAAGUCAACGUAACCAUCCUUUCAGGGCGGACAUGUCGUAGCAGAUGGGGACAGGUUCCCAUCGCCAAAUCAAUGAUUUGUGGUGUUGGGGCGAAGGUCUUUCAAGGCUUCUGCUCGGGGGAUUCAGGUGGUCCUUUGGUGUGUGACAGAGCUGUAGCGGGCGUUGUCUCCUUCUCUGGACAGCGAUGUGGAGACCCCAAGACCCCUGAUGUCUACACACGCGUAUCACCCUUCAGGAAAUGGAUUAAGAAAGUGAUAAAAAACAAUUAGGCAAAUUAGUUGGAGUAUUAAUAUAUAUGCUGACUUGUACUCUUCAAGAGAAGGCUAUUAAUAAUAUACAAAUGUGUGGUGUUAUGUUGUUUAAAGUGACCAGUGGGGUGGGAAAAAUUCUUUUCGUCCUUAAGUUUCAAAAGUAUAUUGAACUGAAGGUAGAAAUAAACUAAAAAUGAAAAUGUCUGUAUUAUUCUUUAAAUUGUCCAUCUCUGUUCACCAAACAUUACAAAAAUUAGAAAUUGUGCUUCCUCUUGCUCACUAGUAAUAUACAACAUAAUCAGGAUUAAUUAGCAAGGAUUUCUUUUCUCCAAUCCUGUUUUCUCAAAGUUCCCCCAUUACCUCUAUAAUUUUACAGAACUUGAAAUUAAGGAAAAAAAAUAUCCAGUGCACACAUUUCAUUGUUGUUUUGAAUAUACAUAAUACAUAUUAACACAAUCUCAACCUUGAAUUCUGUAGUUGGCUUUGUAAAGAAAUCUUUCAGAUCAUAGUGGUGGAUUGGUGUGUCAGUUAAAGUACCAGGACACUGAGGUAGACUAGUAUUUCUACAAGUUAUCAGCUGGGACAAAGUAGCCUAUCAUGGCUCACUAUAAAAUAUCAGUGAAGGCAGGUGUCCACAUUUACAAACCCUGAAUGCUAGGUCAGUGAUGAAUGUGAAUGGCUGCCCUUAUGAUAUGGAUUAUGAUGCCCAUGGCACUGAUAGGCAUUCGGUUAAUAUUUCAAGAUCAUUUUAAAAUUUGGUCAUCACCUAUAGUGUGCUGCCUUAGAGAGCCUCUACUUAUGCAAAUAAGUUGUGCAGUCUGAUGGUUUUGGUUGAAAUUGUGAAAACUG